AUGUGGGUUUUCAGCAUCGUUGCACUGUGCAAGUCUUCGAUCACUGGUGAUCCAGACCUAGGAGAGAAACCAGAUAAGGAGUUAUUAGCCAUUGCCCACAGCUAUCACUCCCAGGCAGCAAGGGGGCCGGCCUUCGAGCGACAGGGACGCAAGGUGGCAGCCACCAGAGGCUCGGGAGUAAAAGUCCCUCGAAAUUUCCGACGGUUGGAAGAGCUGGAAGAAGGCCAGAAAGGAGUCGGCGACAGCACAGUUAGCUGGGGUCUGGAGGACGACGAGGACAUGACACUCACAAGAUGGACAGGCGUGAUAAUUGGGCCUCCACGAGCAAUUUAUGAAAACCGAAUAUACAGCCUUAAGAUAGAGUGUGGGCCUAAGUAUCCAGAAGCACCCCCGUCUGUGAGAUUUGUGACAAGAGUCAACAUGAGCGGCGUGAGCAGUUCCAAUGGCGUGGUGGAUCCACGAGCCACGGCAGUGCUGGCACAGUGGCAGCAUUCCCACAGCAUCGAAGUCAUCCUGCGGGAACUGGGGCGCUUGAUGAUGUCAAAAGAGAACAUGAAGCUGCCACAGCCACCAGAAGGACAGUGUUACAGCAAUUAGUCACCAAGGCCCUGGCCUCCCUUCCCCAUCCAACCCAAGUCUUCAUUUCCCACAGUAGUGAAUUUUCUAGAUCCAUCUGUAGACCUCAAAGUACUGGAGAGGAAGCCCCACUCAGACUUCAUCCUGAGACACUGCUCUGAUACUAACUUCUUGUCCAUUUGAAAUACCUAAGUUGUGCUGUGUAACAUCAUCUGUCGAGUGUAACUGCUGUCUGCCUGGUUGAACUUCUGGGAUC